AUGGCCAGGUGGGGAAAUGGCCAGGUGUGGAAUGGCCAGGUGGGGAAAUGGUCAGGUGUGGAAUGGCCAGGUGGGGAAUGGCCAGGUGGGGAAAUGGCCAGGUGUGGAAUGGCCCGGUGGGGAAAUGGUCAGGAGGAGAAGAAGGAGGGUGAGAAGGACACUGAUUUGAAGGAAGUCUAUGACGACAACGAUGAUGAUGAUGAUGAUGAUGAUGAUUUGAGGAGGAGAAGAAGGAGGGAGGAGAAGAAGGAGGGUGAGAAGGAUACUGAUUUGAAGGAAGUCUAUGACGAUAAUGAUGAUGAUACGAUAUGA